CUCAUUGCAAUAGAGAAACAAUUAAAAUCAGUAAUAAUGGGAUCAGUAGUCCUAAGAAGAACAAUACUAGUUAUACUGAGUACAUGUUAUACAAAUGGACUAGAGCUAGCUGACUUGUACCCAUAUGGUACAGAGUAUGGGGACUCCAUGAGCAUUGGAUCUGGUUUAUAUCGGCCUACACCAUUACUGGCUCCAAUUGAUAAUUUAGUUAUAUUUAGUCCAGCUGGACUUGCAGCAGCAAUAAGAUAUAGAGUUAAUAGCCACACACACACACACACACACACACACACACACACACACACACACACACACACACACACACACACACACACACACACAUUAUUAGUGCUUUAGUUUGUAAUGUAGUGCGAUUGUACACUAACUAUUAUCUGUUCAUUAUAUUAGUAACACAAUUGAUUGAGUUUAUAACAUUUCCUUAUAUUUAUAGAUUUAUCGUGAUGGGAGCUUGGUAUUGGAAAAUGAUGAAGGUUGGAUCUCUUUGAAUUUGCUCCGGAUACUUAGUGGACAUUUUUUCAAUACUAAGAUAUAUGGUAGGAUUACUACUGAUCAAGUAUUGGUAAAGAGAGCAAUGAAUCAGAUUAAUGAAGAAUUUCCUAAUACUUUCUGCAGUACAUCUCCUCCUACACAAUUGAUAAUAGCAACAUGGAUAGAUUAUCUAAAAGCUGACUCAAACCCUGGCAGUAACUUCCAGUUAAUAGUUGUAUCUGGUAGAUGCAAGACAUUUGGUAUUGCUCUUUAUGUAAAUGUGAGCAUUACAUCAGCUGAUACUGGAUUAUCUUCACAUAUUAAAGGUGAAUAUGUACCCCCUGAUCCUACUUUCUUUCCAUUUGGUACUACUGUCAUGGAUGCCCCUACUAUGAUGCUUAAUAGUACCAUGCCAGGGACAUAUAUAUUUUCUCUGAAUCAUAUGCCACCAAAUCCUUGCACUCUAUGUAAAGCUAAACUUCUCAAGAUGGCAUGUGAAGCUAUGAGGAGGAUUAAUGGUAAAAAGCUACCAGCUCCUUGUCAUGACUAAUAAUCAUUCAAUUUCAUUGUGUUUUCGUUAUUGUUUUUGUGAUUAAAUGUUUUUCAGUAGUGAAUUAGUCAAUUU